AUGAACUUGAGGUCUACGAAGUUGACUGUUGACAGGUGCACUCCUCGCGACCGUUUCGCGACCCGCUUCACGAGAGUCACCCAGAUAUCUUUUCCAACAUCUAUUAGGAAAAGCAUAGACGAUUCAUGCAUUGACUUUCCCCUUACUCCUCCAUUCUACUCACCCACCGGGGAGUCUUUUUCUCGCCCUCGAGCGACCUCGGACGCGUUCAGGGGAUUAGAAGUUCAAAUUUCCAACACUUCCUUUGCACACGCAUUCCCUGAAUACCGUUACGACCAUCCUGAUCCGCCACGCUCACCGACGCCGAUCGAUUUUUUCCACCCGUCGAGUCCGCCUACGCCACCUCCCAAAGACUUCCCCGUAUCUACUUCCAACAAGCUAAAAGGCCUCACACUCACGCAGGGUUCCUCGAGUCCUAUUGUCGUCGAUCCUGUGUCCGUAACCACAGGGCCAGCGGGACUUGAACAAUCUUUAUGGACUUUUGACAGCUCGUUACGCGAGGUGGAUUUUGACGUCACCUGUCUUGGCGCACUAGACGAACAGCUUUUGUAUGCUCCAAAGGACUGUUUCUUGGACAUCUGCUGGGCAGAAGCUGUAUACGAUGACGAGGACCAGCUGUCGGUGUUACAGACAGAGCCGGCGGAGAAGCCAUGGUUGUGGCAGUCACAGACGGAAAGGGGAACCGAUUCAGAAGAAUCAGAACGGAGGGGUCCCUAUCCCAUUGUAACGGAGGUGGAGCGCAAAGUUUCGUUCGUUUCUUCCCCCGAUUCAUACACGCCACGUUCUCCUCAGCGUAUGAUGAUUGCAGAGUCUGAGUCACGCAUGUUGUACCAAAACGCGAAUCACUCGGUGCAUUUCUUCCCUGUGCCGCAGCAACGCGACUCCCGCCGCAAACAUACGGCCCAAGACCAGCCUGAUACUCCUUCCGGGAAGCGCAAGCUCUUCUUGGGCGCAUACGGCACUCUCACAGGGCGGCGGCGUACUACUUCCAAUUAG